AUGCCACGCUCUGCAUGGAAAGGUCCCUUCUUUGUGGCUCUGCCUGGUCUUAGGCAGGCACUGACCCAAAACAUCCCCGUCCGUACCAACGCACGCGCCUGCACCAUCAUCCCUUCCUUUGUCGGCCUCAAGUUCCAGAUUCACAACGGCAAGGACUAUGUCCCACUAACUGUCACCGACGAGAUGGUCGGACACAAGCUGGGCGAGUUCGCGCCCACUAGGAAACGCUUCUCCUACCGCCAAACCAAGAACCGUUAA